AUGUAUGAGCUGAGCAGCACUAAUGUCGGAUGUCAUAUUGACGGAGUUUGUGUUAAUGACAUCAGUUACGCGGACGACAUGGUGCUGCUCAGCCCUUCAAUUAGAGGACUUAUGUCUAUGUUGCAAGUUUGUGAGUCAUACGCUGUGACCCAUGGACUCAAGUACAAUGUUACGAAGAGCCAGCUGAUGAUCUGUAAGGUCGACUAUUCGCGGGGGACAUACAACGGCCUGCGCGUGCAAUACAACAACGCGUUCCGGGUAUUGCUGGGGCUGUCGCGCUUCUGUAGCGCCUCGGGUUUGUUCGCGGAGGCGCACACGGACGGGCUUGCAGCCAUCAUACGCAAGAAGUACGCCUCGAUGCUGCACCGCCUGCGCGACAGCCCUAACCGCAUCCUGAGCGCGUUGUCCGCACGCUGGGACUCGCCGAUGCUCGCGCAUUGGGUGCGACUACAUGCAGUCGUAUAG